CCGUCACUUCCUCUUGGGCGUCGCCCAGGCUGUACACCAGCAGGGUUCCGCACUUAAGCUGCCGCGAGUCUGACGUUUGGUGGGGUGCUGACCGUUCCUCACGUUUCCUGCUAACCUCCCGGAAAAUGACGGCUUAUUGCCGGUCUCGAACGACAUCUGCCCGCCGCCCCGAGAGUUCCUUUUCUUCUUGGAGCUUUGUUGGGAUCUUCCUAAUGGUACUAGUGUUCCUGCUACCCACAUCCACCGAUGCCUGUGAUGCUCCACUGAGGUAUGAAUCUAUGAUGCUCAAAGAUUCUCCUAAAGAAACUUACUCUCCUGGGGACAGUGUAGAAUAUCAGUGUCGCCCAGGAUACAUACGUAUUAUCCCUCCUCUUCCUGCGUCUGCUGUUUGUCAUCCUAACAACUCAUGGGGACUUCUCCAGGAGGCUUGUAGAAGAAAACCAUGUCCACAACCAGGAGACCCUGUAAAUGGCCAAGUCAGUGGAAGUUUUCAGUUUGGUUCAGUGGCUCACUAUACUUGUAAUGAGGGUUAUUACUUAGUUGGAGAAGCAACUCUAUAUUGCGAGCUCAUUGGAGACAAUGUGGGCUGGAAUGCUGAUCCCCCGCACUGUGAGAAGAUUUUGUGUCAGCCACCUGAACAAAUAGAAAAUGGUGUCACCAGUAGCCAUAAGGAAAAAUAUGAAUAUAAUGAAGUAGUAAUUUAUAGUUGUAAUCCUUCAAGUGGACCACAUAAAUACUCACUGAUUGGAGAGAGCAAGCUUAUUUGUUCUGGGCAUAAUGUAUGGAGUAGUGACCCUCCUAUGUGCAAAGUAGUCAAAUGUGAGUCUCCAAUCCCGAAAGAUGGAGUACUGCUUUCAGGACAUAAAACACAAUUUUACUACCAAGACACAGUUCAACUGGGAUGCAAGGAGGGCUUUGACCUUCAAGGCAGCAAGACAGUUGUCUGCGGAGCUAACAAUAAUUGGGAACCACAGCUGCCACAGUGUAUUAAAGUGCCAACGCCCCCCAGCACAACACCUCCAGUUGCCACUGUCUCAGGUCCUGUUACUUCAACCAAGCCUUCAGGCACAAGUCAUCCAGGAACUUCACCUCCAGCAUCACCCAGCCCACCAACUGGUUCUUUAGGUGGAGGAGUAAUUGCUGCAAUUGUCUUUUCUGUGGCUGCUGUCCUUGCAGUCAUUGGCAGCUACUUCCUGUACCGUCACAAGAAGAAAGGGAAAACAGAGGUGAAUGCCGAGUACAGGCCUUGCCAGGACAAGUCGAGCACUCCAGCAGAGCACGAAGUGGUUUCCCCCAAACUGGCAUAAGACUUUUUACCUUCUGACUCUGUUAGAAUGUCAAGGUCCACAUUAACUUCGCACGGCUGCUGUGCACAACAGUAUGGAGCAUCCUCAAAAAGUUAAACACAGAACCCCCUUAUGACCUGGCAGUUCCACUUCUGGGUACCUAUCUGAAUGGAGUGCAGUCAUGAUGUGGAAGAGAUACCUGCCCCUCCCUGUUUGUUGCAGCAUUAGUUACAAUAACCAAGACGUGGAAACAGCCAAAGUGUCCGUCGACAGAUCGGUGGACAAAGGCAGGUAUACUUGCACAGUGAAAUACUAUUCAGUCAUAGAAAGGAAAUCCGGACCUUGGCAACAACGAGGAUGGACCUUGAGGGCAUUUUGCUAAAUGAAAUGUCAUACAGGGGAGACAAAUACUGUGUGACCUUACAUGUAGAAUCUAUAAAAAAACAAGCCAUCCAUUUUGGAGGGACCGGAGGUGGGUGGUGGGUGGUGGGGUAAGAAAAUUGAAUGAGGUGUUCAAAAGUCACAGACUUACAGUUACAGGCGCAUAUUGGGAUGUGACACGCAGCAUGGUGACCGGUGUGCUGGAGUGCAUGUCGGCAAGUUCUUAAUGUUAAAAAUUCUACUCACAAAGAAAAAAAAAAUUUGUAACUGAGUCAGGUAUAAACUAAAAUUAUUGUGCUAUCAUUUCAUAAUGCAAAUUAUUAAAUCAUGUUCACCUUAAACAUACAGACGUACACAUUAUAUCCAUAAAACUAUAAAGGAAGAGCCUACAGAGGUGCUCAAUGAUUUCUUACAUUUGUCAUGAGUGUUCAGACGGUGCUCAGGGUUUUUUUGUUUGUUUAUUAUUUUUCAAGUACAGUUUUCUGGUUUUUACUCCCAUCCCAGCCCAGCCCACCCACCCAGCCCUCCCUGCUCCCUCCCAUUUCCACCCCCCUUAGUUGUUGUCCGUGUGUCCUUUAUACUAGUUCCUGUAAAUCCUUCCCCUUUACCCCUGAAAUUCCCUCCCUUCUCCCCUCUGGUCACUGUCCACCUGUUCUCUAUUUCUGGGUCUUUGGUUAUAUUUUGCUCGUUUGUUUGUUUUGUUGUUUAGGUUCCUGUUAAAGGUGAGAUCAUAGUAUUUGUCUUUCACCGCCUGGAUUAUUUCACUCAGCAUAAUGUUUUCCAGUUCUAUCCCUGCUGUUGCAAAGGGUAGGAGCUCCUUUCUGCUACAGGUAUAAUUGUCAUUGUCCUUCCAUGCUUCUCUGAAAGGGGCAUGAAUUUGUGUCUGAACACCCUGGCGCUUGUACCUCGAAGAGCAAUUGGCAUUUGCAGGGCGAGUGAACACAGGGCCCCUGGUGGUGUUAAGGUAGAAAAUGUUUUUAUAAAAAUCUCAAAAUUUAGAGAAAUAUACUUCAAAAUGAGAUUACAUUUCACCUGUAAAGAAUGUGACUUUGGAACCCUUUAUUAAAAAGUUAGUAAUACCAACUCUUAAGAUUCAUGCUUUCAACUGUUAUAUAUAUGGAAUAUAGUUUAUUGUAAAAAGUUUGUGUAAAUAUGCAUAUAAAACUUGAGCCCUUAAAAAUUAAAAACAAGACUACUAAAAACUGAGUUUAAGUUUGACCUCCUUAACUAAGGAUAUUAUUGGAAUAUACUCAGAGGAAACAGUAAAAUUCUAUUAAAAAGAAACAUUUGUAACUUCUUGGUUGUUUAGAGAAGCCAUAAGUAAAGUUAAUGUAUGGCAUUUGUUCACUUUUUUUUUAAGAUUUUAUUUAAUUUUAGAGAGGGGAAAGAAUGGGAGAAAGAGAGGGAAACAUCAACAUGUUGUUGCCUCUUGAGCACCCCUACUGGGGACCUGGCCUGCAACCCAGGUAGGUGCCCUGAGUGGGAAUAGAACUGGCGACACUUUGGUUCACAGGCUAGCGGUCAAUCCCCCGAUCCACACCAGCCAAGGCUGUUCAUUUUAAUAUCAACUAAUCUAAAUCGGUAAAACUUCAGCAACAGUCGUAUACGUCUAUAAAAAGUUAGAACACAUUCAAUAACAAGAAUGCCAGCUUAAUACAAAGUGAAUGCUGUGGCCUUGUAGUUUUUUCAGGGAGAAUUCUACUCUUUAAGGGAUGUAGAGUUCUGGCCUUGGUGGUUUUCUCCCCCUACUUGAAAAAAAAAACAUAGCUCACUCACUCGGUCACCUAGCCUUAGGCAGUUUUGUGGGGAGUAGACUUAGAUAACCUCAAGUUGCAUCAGAAUUAGUUUUUGUAUGCAUCUUGCCAGAAAAGGAAACUGUGUUGUUUGUGGGUCCUAGAAGAGAAAUCUCUUAGCUCAGUUACCACUUCAUGCUCAGGUGGAACAGAUUCCCCCUCUUCUGAGUCCUCACACCAGUCAGGGUCGCUUUCAGAUGACCCAGUGGACAAAAAGGAGGGACUGCUACUCGAAUUCUUUCUUACACAUUUUGUUUUACACUUUUCUGUUUUGUAGCACAAAUUGGGCCAAAGAGAUGUUGCCCCAAAUUGGACAUGAUUUGGGGAAUCAGUGGACCAGAGGAAAGACUGUUUUACUCUAUAAAGUGUGCCUUCCCUCUGUAAUCUCUGGUGAGGGGCAUUUGGAAGAUGACUUUGAGUGGGAAUAAACUGGAAUUUGGAAUUACAAGUCUACUUAUUUUCACAUACUUAUUUUGAAGAAUAUAGUGCUUGCUUAGAAGCAGGGGUAGAUGUACUAUUUACUUGUUAAAGCCUAAUUGAAAUAUUUUUCAACCAAAGAUUGCCACACUUACCAAAAUAAGUGAACUUUUAUAGUAGUUUAUGCUUCAAAUUAAUUUUUUUCAAUUUAAUAUGAGAUUAAUAUAUAUAAAUAGUAUGUCAAAUAAUUUUUCAGUUGCUGAAAUUAUGAGGGAACCAAUUUUUGUUGAAAAGUUUGUUCAAAUGACAGAGAAGGAAGGAUAUUUGAAUUAAAGUUUCUUAAAGCUGGGAAAAAAUGUAUUUGCAGUGAAAUGGGAAGCCCCGUGUGUAGAGGAGGUUUUUGAAAAAAUCUUCAAAAUCUGCUAAAAAUAAAAUGGAAGAUUAUGAACUUUC